AUGAGAGUCUCACAGGUGCUCUUGGGAAUUUUCAUCCUUACUAUACCACUCAGUCUGUAUGGAGCUAAUUACAGGUCUUUUGUCGUCAACAGUAGUUUCUUACAGAAAUUAAACUUGACUUUCAUUACCGACUACGGAAUAUUGUGGUUCUCUGGCGUAUACUGGGGCCUCACUAUUUGCGAAUGUCUGUUAGCACGAAAGGCCCAAAAAUGGAUCAUGGCUAAUAAGCUAUCGAAAUAUCUCUUCUACUUAUCGUUCGCUGUCUUUUUCAAUGUAUGGUGUUUCGGUAAACUGCUUGUAGAGAGACUCAACAUUGCCACGGGUGGCCACUGUAGUGACUCGAACACAGCAACUACUUCUAUGUCUGAGUGCCAGAAUGACCCCCUCUUACUGUGGGUGAAUGGUUUUGAUCUAUCAGGACACUACUAUUUCCUCACGACCCUGAUCGUGCUUCUCACCGACGCCACGUCAUGGGUCAAAAAUUUAGGAAGGCCAGACCUAGAUUUUGAACUGAGUGACCAAGAAUUCAUUGGAUCUGAUUUUACAUAUAAACUACGGACAGUCCUCACUACUCUAAAACGGCUUUCAUCGAUGCUCAUCGUGUUAUGGAUCGCAGAGUUCAUCAUCACAUCCGUUUUUUUUCACACCACAUGGGAAAAGGCAGCUGGUUUACUUGGGAUUCCUAUUGCUUGGGCCAUAAUAUUUUUUGCAGAUAAAGUCUGGAGUGCACAAGUUACCUCGGAGAUUGGGUCUGAGGUUUGAGUGAAAUUCUUGUGCUCUGACGCGGGCCGUCA